UAAUCGCAACGCGUGCUUGGAUGAUGGGUGCACAAAGAAUGUUUCCAUGUUGGGAUGAGCCAAAAUUCCGGGCCAAAUUUACUAUAACUAUAAAGCACAAUGCAAAAUACACGGCUUUAUCUAAUAUGCCAAUAUCCACAUCAGAGACUAUAAAUGAUACUGCAAUCACAUCUUUCAAUACUACUCCAGCAAUACCCACUCACCUCAUAGCUAUUAUACUAUGCUUACUAGAUGACGGUAUGGCAAAGUGGGCGCUCGUAUCUUACAGAGAUGAAGAUAUUAUCUAUAAUAAAGAACUAGAUCCUAUUGCUCGUAAAUUGAAAGUGGAGUCUUUAAUAGGGCGUAAAAUAUCACGUCAAUGGUUAAGUACUGUAGUCAGCCCAUCAAGUUGGUCUUAUAUGUGGCUGAACGAAGGUAUUGCUACAUUUUUCUAUGUAACGGAUGUUGUUAAGGAGACGAUUGGUUCUGAUUACUCGGAUUUAUUUACAAUCCAAACUAUGCAAGAAUCUCUCCAUUUGGACGUCCUAUCCAUUAUGAGUCCUCUUAUAUCAGAAACUGAUCAAUUUUCUAAUAUUAAUUCAUUCUGCUCUAUUCCCUAUUACGCAAAAGAAAAGCCAGGGAUGGGUAACUGUCCUCUCCUCUGUCCGGUCCUACAGGUGACCAUGCUAUUGGCUUCUGUGAAUGAUUUCUGGGCUGACAUGCAAACUGCUUAUGAAGAAGAAUUGCUUGGUGAAGUAUUGCCGAAACUGCCUAUUAAUAUAAAAAAAGUAAUGGAUCCUUGGAUAGAGCAAAAAAGUUUUCCUGUGUUAUUUGUACAUGUACGAAAGCGAUAUAUCACAAAUAAUGGAGAUUGGAUAGUACCGCAGACGAAUACAACGCAAGAAUAUCUCAAUUUUAUCGAUAAUUCAACCAUUAAGUGGCUUGAUCCUGGAAAAAGUAAGCUGAGCAUUGAUUUAAAAUUAAGGGAUAAUUGGAUAAUAUUCAAUAUACAACAAACAGGAUAUUAUCGUGUCAAUUAUAAUAAUGAGAAUUGGCUGAAAAUUACACGCUACUUGAACUCUGUGAAGAAAUAUAAGAAAAUUCACGUUCUCAAUCGUGCUCAAAUCAUAGACGACGCGUUUCAUCUUAUGAUAGCGAACCAGCUCAAUUCUGACAUAUUUUGGGAUCUUUCGAAAUAUCUAUCCUACGAUACAGAUUACAGAGCAUGGUAUCCUAUGAUUAAAGCUAUAGAAGACAUGUCAUAUCUCUUUCCAUUUUCCGAACAUCAACCGCUUAAGGUAAUCUUACUGUAUCGAUUGAACCGACUUAUUGGAAGAAUAAAGUAUGAGGAGGCUUCUGAAGACAAUGACCUUACUAAAUGUUUAAGGCAAGAAGCCGUAAAAUGGGAAUGCGUUCUAGGUGACCUUGAGUGCAAGUCAGAAGCCGUCACUAAAUUGAAAUGGCAUCUAGAGAAUCCUAAGGAAAUUAGUUCAAUCACAGCAUUAAUUAAUAUUAUUAACCACGUGUAUUCUAAGGAGCAACUCAACAAGAUAAUGACGUUUGUAAAGAAUACAAAGGAUAUACUAUUAACCAUACCAUUGAUAAGAAACAGCUUUGAAUCCAGGACACAGAAUUGUACAAAGUAUGCAAAAAUAAUUAGAAACAAAAUUAUUGAAUUUCAAACUUGCAAUAUACGAACCAAGGUAAACUUACGCUUGUCUCAAAUCAAGAGACACUCAGAAUCUUGUGGAACUGUGUAUACAUGUAGUUUCUUAUAAUCAAUUUAGCCAAUCGCAAAUGAUAAGAAA